GUCGCUCUCAUCUAUUGAGCUCCUCCUCUUCUCCUCACUCUCUCCUCCGUCUCUUUCUCUUUCUUGGCUCCACCAGGAGGCCUAGGGUUUUGCUCUCUCCCUGCCAAGUCACCUAAUUUUUGGGCUUCUCAAAAUUUUGAAUCCAGUCCCUUCUAAACUUCCCACAUUUCUCAACCUCUGAAAAAAAAAAAAAAUUGAAAAUCUCCUCAAUGGCCAAAACCAGACCCGGAAAAAAGGACAUCGACGCCUACACUAUCAGAGGCACCAACAAGGUGGUGAGAGCUGGAGACUGUGUGCUGAUGCGGCCGUCGGAUGUGGGGAAGCCGCAAUACGUGGCGCGAAUCGAGAAGAUUGAGAGUGACAGCAAGAGCAAUGCCAAGGUGAAAGUGAGGUGGUACUACAGGCCUGAGGAGUCUAUUGGAGGGCGCAGGCAGUUCCAUGGCUCGAAAGAGCUGUUCUUGUCGGACCAUUACGAUAUGCAGAGUGCGAAUACAAUAGAGGGCAAGUGUGUGGUUCACUCUUUCAAGAACUACACCAAGCUGGAAAAUGUGGGGGCUGAGGAUUACUACUGUAGGUUUGAGUACAAGGCUGCUACUGGGGCUUUUACUCCGGAUAGAGUUGCUGUGUAUUGCAAGUGUGAGAUGCCGUAUAACCCGGAUGACCUCAUGGUGCAGUGUGAGGAGUGCAAAGAUUGGUUUCAUCCAGCAUGUGUGAACCUCUCAAAUGAAGUAGCCAAAAAACUGGAGCACUAUAUAUGUUCAGAAUGUUCAGCUGACGAGGAUGUGAAAAAGCCUGAGAACUCAUAUUCAGCAUCAUUUGCAGAUGAUGUCAAGGUGGACCCUAAGCGCCGAAAGAAGUGACUUUAGUUGCAACAGGCAAUACAAAAUGCAGUACUGCUGUCUGUGCUCUUGUUGGAGCUCUUGGAUUGCUAUCAUGUGGAUAUAGAUUAGGGUUUUCGGAGGGUUUCAGGACUUGUUAUUAAGGAGAUUAGGCAUCUUUUGAAAGUUUCCUUUGUAUCUCAACAAACUGUAGAAUCUCUUGCUAUGACAAAUUUCUGGUUGCGACUUUUAUAAUUGAGUUAUUAACCUGUCAAUCU